ACUGGACUACGGUGGUGCAACCUCCGGAUGCUGGGAGACGCAGGCGGGCGCGCAGCAGAACCCGGAUCUGGAAUUUCCUGCGUCAGGAGCGGAGGCAGAGCCAGGACGUGGCCCUAAAGCGGGUCUGUGAGGAACUCGUGAACUUGGAUUAAGAAAUCCCGGAACCCGGAUCGGCCAACUCCGGAACCCGGAAUUACGAUCGUAAAGUCCCGGAUCGCGGCGCAGCGCUCGCGGAGCGGACUGGCCCCGGAGCCCGGAGGCCGGAUCGCUGCACCGCGGGACGGGACGGAGCGAUGUCUGGCCGAGGCGCGGGCGGGUUCCCGCUGCCCCCGCUGAGCCCCGGCGGCGGCGCUGUUGCCGCGGUCCUCGGUGCGCCGCCUCCUCCAGCGGGACCCGGAAUGCUGCCCAACCCAUCGCUCAGGGGCCCCGGGCCUUCAGGAGGCUUGGGGGGUCCUGGGGUUGCCGCCUUCCGCCCCAUGGGCCCCGUGGGCCCCGCGGCGCAGUACCAGCGACCUGGCAUGUCCCCAGGGAGCCGGAUGCCCAUGGCCGGCUUGCAGGUGGGCCCUCCGGCUGGCUCCCCAUUUGGCACAGCUACUCCACUUCGACCUGGCAUGCCACCUACCAUGAUGGAUCCAUUCCGAAAACGUUUGCUUGUGCCUCAGGCCCAGCCCCCAAUGCCUGCCCAGCGCCGGGGGUUAAAGAGGAGGAAGAUGGCAGAUAAGGUUCUACCUCAACGAAUUCGGGAGCUCGUCCCAGAGUCUCAGGCAUACAUGGAUCUCUUAGCUUUUGAGAGGAAGCUGGACCAGACCAUCGCUCGCAAGCGGAUGGAGAUCCAAGAGGCCAUCAAAAAGCCUCUGACGCAAAAGCGAAAGCUCCGGAUCUACAUUUCCAAUACAUUCAGUCCCAGCAAGACAGAUGGUGAUAAUGCAGGAACUGCAGGGACCCCAGGGGGAACCCCAGCAGCCGACAAGGUGGCUUCCUGGGAACUCCGAGUAGAGGGAAAACUCCUGGAUGAUCCUAGCAAACAGAAGAGGAAGUUUUCUUCAUUCUUUAAGAGCCUUGUCAUUGAGUUGGACAAGGAACUGUAUGGGCCUGACAACCACUUGGUGGAGUGGCACCGGAUGCCCACCACCCAGGAAACAGAUGGCUUUCAGGUGAAACGGCCAGGAGAUCUCAAUGUCAAGUGUACCCUCCUGCUCAUGCUGGAUCAUCAGCCUCCUCAGUAUAAACUGGACCCCCGACUAGCCAGGUUGCUGGGAGUGCACACACAGACAAGGGCUGCCAUCAUGCAGGCCCUGUGGCUUUACAUCAAACACAACCAGCUGCAGGAUGGGCAUGAGCGCGAGUACAUCAAUUGCAACCGUUACUUCCGUCAGAUCUUCAGCUGUGGCCGACUCCGUUUCUCUGAGAUUCCUAUGAAGCUGGCUGGAUUGCUGCAGCAUCCAGAUCCCAUUGUUAUCAACCAUGUCAUUAGUGUGGAUCCCAAUGACCAGAAGAAGACGGCCUGUUAUGACAUUGAUGUGGAGGUGGAUGACCCACUGAAGGCCCAGAUGAGCAACUUUCUGGCCUCUACCACCAACCAGCAGGAAAUUGCAUCUCUUGAUGUCAAGAUCCAUGAGACUAUUGAGUCCAUCAAUCAGCUGAAGACCCAGAGAGAUUUCAUGCUCAGCUUUAGCACUGACCCCCAGGACUUCAUCCAGGAAUGGCUCCGUUCCCAACGUCGAGACCUCAAGAUCAUCACUGAUGUGAUUGGAAAUCCUGAGGAGGAGAGACGAGCUGCUUUCUACCACCAGCCCUGGGCCCAGGAAGCAGUUGGGCGGCACAUCUUUGCCAAGGUGCAGCAGCGAAGACAGGAACUGGAACAGGUGCUGGGAAUUCGUCUGACCUAACUGCUCAGGGAUCUCUUCCUUCUUUCCCACCCCUGGAACCUGGCGGGAGACGUAGGAUGGGGUGAGGUGUGUCUCCUGUCACCCUCUACUCCCCAGCUUUAGUUUCAUAAAUGUAGUGUUAGGAUUCCUCAUUGCUUGGUCCCCAAAGCCUUAUUACCUACUUUAUUGCAUUGGCUUUAAUUGGGUUCCCAAGAUGCAGUCUCAGCCCCUGCAGGCAGGCCCAAGUAGGACUGCUAGAGGUUGUGUUUUACCGUUGUAACAGACAUUUCUGAACCAAAGGCUGCUGGGUUUGCAUGUUUACAGGCUGUACCCUUAGGCCAGUGUCAGAGCUGGCUCUGGGGAGCUAGGCAAGGAGGAGGCCCAGCCCAGGCUCUUCCUGGCUUUUUUCAACCAAAGUUCUUUGCCAUUCCUACAAGCCCAGCCUUGCUGCUGGUUUUUCCUUUCCUUUGGGUAUUUGCACUAUUUGGGGAGCAGGUUUUCUAUAUGGGAGCCACUUUUUUGUACAGGGGUAAUUAGGGUUUUUCAGGGGGCCCUAUUUGGUACCUCCUUCCUUACUUUUCACAAUCUAUGCAAGCGGCUACAGCCGCCAUCAUCUCCUGGGAUGCAGUGGGGCUGCCCACCUCCAGCUGCUUAAGCAGGGGAAGGUGGCAUCUCCCAGAGGGUGGGGAUGUGCCAGUUCUCUCUAGCCCAGCUAAGGUAGGGGUGCGUGCAUGGUGGAGGGCAGGGUUAGCUUAAGGGGAAAGCUGGGAGGACUGUUGUUACCCUUUGUGGAGUUUGGUAGAGGGUGGGCCUAAGGCUUGGCAAAUGCCACUUCUGGCAUGUUUGGAAAUUUCCAAAUAAAUUCUUUCAUUUAUUGGU